UGGAGAUAAUUUGGAUCAAAUUUCUUGUUGAGGACAGACAAGUAUUCUUCAACUAUCUUGACCCUUGGCAGUUUUCAGGACGAUCGAAACACCAAACUAAUAUAGUUUGGUGUUUCCAGAAGAAUUUGGCUGUAUUAAAAUUUUCAGAAAAGUCGAAGCCUGUUUUUUGAUGUAGUCCUCAGAUCAUUUACAGAAUCUGGAGGAGCUAAACGUUCUGGUGCAAAUGGCUGUGGCUAUCACCUUCCCGACAGCCCUUCCACACUGGAGACCGGACAAUCAUGAAGCCCAUUUGGAAAAAUAUCAAAAUUCAGCAAUUCUACACUUGAAAAACUGCCGCAACUUCCAAGAAUGCGUGCAGGUUCAUGGAUUCAUGGUGAAAGCUGGCCUCUGCCGAGACCUUCAUAGUGUCGGCAAACUCAUUGCUGCCUGCGCGCAGGCUGCGACGCCGGAGAGCGUCGAUUAUGCGAGGAAAGUGUUCGAAGAAUCGGAAGAAGUCAACCUUUUCAUGUAUAAUUCAAUUAUCAGAGGGUACUCUCAUGUGGGCAACGGAGAAGCACUCUUGCUAUACUGCCGAAUGCUUCUUGAAGGGAUCUCACCGGAUCAUUUUACUUUUCCCUUCUUGCUCAAUGCUUGCGCGAAGGUUCAGGCGGCGAAAGAAGGGCUGCAAGUUCAAGCUUCUUUGACCAAGUUGGGAUUGGAGUCGGAUGCCUUCAUACAGAACUCGUUGAUGCAUUUUUAUGCAGUCUGUGGGGACAUGCAGCUUGCGAGAAAAGUGUUUGUUGGAAUAACUGAGAGAAAUGUGGUCUCGUGGACUGUAUUGGUUUGUGGGUUUGUCCGGAAUGGCUCGCCGCAACAGGCUUUAGCCGUGUUUGAAGAAAUGAGAGAGUCAGGUGUCAGAGCUAAUGAGGUGACGAUGGCUAAUGUUGUUUCUGCAUGUGCUGAGAUGAAGAAUCUGGAAAUGGGGAUGAAGGUCCAUGAUUACAUAAGGGAAUCUGGAAUCGAGAUCAAUGUAGUUUUGAGCAAUGCGAUCGUUGAUAUGUAUGCGAAAUGCGGUGAUAUGGUCGGGGCAAGAACAAUGUUUAAUGAAAUGCCUGAGAAAAAUAUAGUGCUCUGGAAUACAAUGCUGUCGAAUUACUCGCAACGUGGAGAGGCCUAUGAGGCAAUAGCCGUGUUCCAGAAGAUGGUGAAGAGUGGCACUCGUCUGGACCGAGUUACCGUUGUUGCCAUGUUCACCGUCUGUGCACAGAUGGGUAAUUUGGAGUUAGGGAAGACGAUUCACGGUUAUGUGUUCAGAAAUGGGCUGGAUGGAUGGGAUUUCGUGGGUAAUGCAGCCAUUGAUAUGUACAUGAAAUGUGGUGCAGUUAGGGAAGCGAUAAGAAUGUUCAAUAAGAUGCACGAAAGAAGUGUUGCUUCAUGGAACACGAUAAUAGCUGGCUGUGUCCGAAAUGGCAAUCUUGAUUCUGGCUGGAAAUUGUUCGAUCAGAUGCCUCAAAGAGACCUCGUGUCAUGGAACACCAUGAUUGCUGCCUUUACUCAAGCUAGUUUCUUCAAGGAAGCAUUGAUGUUGUUUCGAGAGAUGCAGCUGGCCGGAACUAUGGCUGAUCGGAUCACAAUGGUCAGUGUUGCAUCCGCAUGUGGUUAUCUGGGUGCACUUGAUCUGGCAAUGUGGGUGCACGCCUUCAUUGACAAGAACAAUAUAGACUUGGAUGUUUGUCUGGGCACUGCAUUGAUAGACAUGUAUGCUAGGUGUGGGAAUGCUAAAAAUGCAAUUGAUGUCUUCAAUAGAAUGACACGGAUAGAUGUUUUAUCUUGGACGGCAGCAAUAGGAGCAUUGGCCAUGCAGGGCCUCAGCGAGGAGGCCUUGGAUCUCUUCUCAGAGAUGAAGAAACAAGGCGUACAGCCUGAUAGUGUGACCUUUGUUGAAGUGCUCACUGCUUGUAGCCAUGGUGGAUUGGUCCAGGAAGGGCUCCAAUACUUUCACUCCAUGGUACAUGAUUAUGGGAUCUCCCCGCAGUUAGUCCAUUACGGAUGCAUGGUAGAUUUGCUCGGUCGGGCUGGUUUACUUGAAGAAGCAUUGGAACUAAUUAGAGGCAUGCCUAUGGAACCAAAUGAUGUGAUUUGGGGUGCUCUGCUAGCUGCUUGCCGGGUUCACAACAAUGUUGAAUUGGCUGAGCAUGCAGCCCGACGAAUCCUAAAUUCUGCCCCAGAAAGAGUAGGAAUCUAUAUACUUCUGUCAAACGUAUAUGCUUCAGCAGGCAUGUGGGCUAAGGUUGCGGAGGUGAGGCUGCAACUGAAAGAGAAAGGGGUAAAGAAGAUGCCUGGAUCAAGCGUGAUUCAGAUGAAUGGUAGGAUUCAUGAGUUCACGGCCGGCGAUAUGACUCACCUGCAAGCAGGUGAGAUAGAGGCAAUGCUUGGUGAGAUGGGGCGCAACCUAAGGCAUGCUGGUUACACCCCCGAUUUGUCCAAUGUGUUGCUUGAUCUAGAUGGGGAGGACAAAGAGCAAAUCCUUGGACACCAUAGUGAGAAAUUGGCCAUGGCUUUUGGGCUAAUCAGCACAAGGCAUGGUGCAGCCAUACGGAUUGUGAAGAAUCUUAGAAUGUGUGGGGACUGCCAUACAUUUGCUAAAUUUGUAUCAGAACUUUAUGAUCGGGAAAUUGUCGUACGUGACAAUCGAAGAUUUCAUAUUUUCAGGCAUGGAUUUUGCUCAUGCAAGGAUUAUUGGUAGGAAAUAGGAUGCAACUGGUAGCUAUAAUGAAGCAUCCAUCUGAGCUCCUCGAGGACAGCACAAGUUGGAAAGGAAGGAACAUUCUCAGGCUAGUGCACCAUCUGGCAAGAGGAGUUUUAUGCUGCCAAUGGGCAAACCUUGUUUCUUUCUAGCUUUACGUACAAACAUCACAAGAAAAUUCAGAAAUUCAGAAAAGACAAAAUGGAUUUAAGGGCUUCCAACAGAACAAAGUGAGAUCAUUAUAUAGAAACUAAGGCACUCAUUUUCUCCCAAGAAUAAAGUCACACUAGCGGGACAGACUCAUCUGGCUCCUCAGCAGUGUGGCCUAAAGGCAUGUCAAAGGCCCGACAGACGAAUCCUGUGUACUCCAUACAACAGAAUAAUGAGUGAGGAGUAUGUUUAUGACAUGACUGUGCCUAUUCUCUUGUUUGACA